CAAAUGAACACUAUUAGAAAUUUCAGAAGAAAGAUCUUGCAACUCUCUAUUCCUUGUACAAAGGAAGACCACAUACAAGAUUUAGGACUCAUCUUGGUAGAUGCUUUUGAUCAAGUUGAAAGUUUUGGAGACUUGCCUGAAAAACAGCCUAAACUUCCACAACUUUCAACGGAAAUGAAAGAUGUUCAGAUGGAACCUACUUCUGUUGAGGAAACUAAAGGUCAAGUGGAAGAAACUAAAAGUACUCCUAAAACUACAAAUGCUGCCGAGCGUUCAUGGAUCCCUCAAAACUUGGAGGAUAAGGAAAUGGGUUUCUCAAGUGAUGCUAAGGACAAGGAGUUCAUAAAGUACAGACUAAACAACCCUAGGAUCACAAAAAAGGGCGAUAAAACAGUCUCUGAAGGCAUGUGUAAUGCUUACUUUGAGCAAAGAAGGAACGUCCUGACUCAACUUCUUGAAUCUUUCAAAGAAAAUGAUGUUGUUAUCCACCCACUCAUGAAGAAGCAGAAGCCAAAGACUGGCAAAUCCAAGACUGUAGGAUCCAAGUACAGAGGAGUCUCUAAAAACAAGCAUAAGUGGCAAGUCAUGAUCAUGGGGAACUUUAAAAAAUUCUACAUUGGUGGUAUCAAAACAGAAAUGGAAGCUGCUAAAUUGUAUGAUAAAUUAGCUAUUUUUUACCACGGAAUGGAGGCAAAGACUAACUUUCAGUACACAAAGGUCCAGAUUGAGGCCCUGAUUGCUGAGCCAAUGAACCACUAACUUAAUUAAUCUAAAUAUUGUUCAAUGUAGUAAUGAAUUUUUGGAUAUUUAGGAUUUCUCCACUUGUGACGCAUUUUAUCUAAAAUUAUUUAUUUUUCAGAAAAUUUUUAUUACGUCAGUUUUAUCCAAAUUUUUAGAUAUUAUUAAAAGUGAAAUUAGUAGCUGGGGUCUUUGGAAUGGAUCCAUAGAGAUUAGAAGAGAGGUAUAGAAGGCCUUGAUGUGUAUUUGGACCAUAAUGGUUGAGAAUUAAGUCAGAGAGCAUUCAAAAAUUGGAUAUGCAACACUUCUUAUGUCUCCUGUAAUAGUCUAAAUCGCUAUUUUUAGACACUCUUUAUCUUUUUGUCAAAUAUUUUCAGAAGAGAUCAAAAUUGAAUUUUUCAAAUAUUUUCCUUUCUUCGUGCGUUGUGGUGACGAAAUUUUACGUCCGUGCUUAAAAAUGUCUGAACAGAUUGUCAUCAAAAUGUCGAAUUAUCUUAGACCAAGGCAUCGGAUUCGUUCCUCGACAUGCAGUUUAGGCAUGAAUAUCCACACCUCAUCUUCCAGUUCCUACCAGCUUCUGAGGAAGUGCAUAAAAAUAAAAGCAGUGUUUUGUAGAAAUUUGUCCACUUCAGAUUUAACCACACUGUUAAUUUUUGUGAAUAUAUUUACUAAUACUAGUAACAAAUUUCACACUAAAUGGCAAUCUUGGAAUGGUAAAAUAUGCACCCAUUCACUCAUCAGCUGAGCAUGGCUCUUCCUCAGUCUCCCAAGCCAAUGACUCUCUACCUCUUGGCAGACUGGGUCAGCCUAACCCUGAGUCUAAGCAUAUCUUCUUAAAAAAAGCACGUUAUUUUUCUUAGAUUUUUCAAAUUUCAAAAAUCUUUUAUUUCGGGGUGAGGUACGAACAUAAUUCGUCUUUGAUACUAAUCCCCUCGCAAAAUUCGUUAGCAAAUUCUUGAAUCCCCACGUAUUUUUCACAUCAAUUUGGCCAAUGAGAAAAAAUUUCUAACUUAAUUAACCAAAAAACUGAUCUGGUUACUAUUGAGGGUGAGUAAUUGGAUGAUUAAGUUCUGAAAUUUAUCAGAUUUUUAAACUAAAUUCUUUCAAAAGUAUUUUAGUCAGAAUGAACUUCUGACACACCCUCGCAAGUCUGCAACUGAGAGAUGCUUGAGUUGGGCUGUUUUUAUGAGGGUUUAUUACAUUUUUUGGGGGUUAGGAUAUGUAGACAUAUCCAUUUCCCCUACUGUUGCUCAAUUUUUCCUUAUUUUUCACUGUAGGAAAAUUUAAUUGUCAGCGGAGUCACACUUAGGAUUCCUUUUGAAUUAGUUAAGACUCCCAAAAAUUUGUAAGUCUAGAUCGGGAAUUUAAUCAAAUUUCUGCAGAUGUGGUAAUUAAACAUCACUUCAGUCCUCUUCUUGUGUGGAUAUGCUCUUUUAUAGGGAUUUAUGGCUAUUAUCCAUUUUGAGUAAGAAGCCUAAACUGAAGAUUCAUGAACACUAAUAGAUGUACCUUGUUACUACAUAUCCUCUUGUAUGAUUACAGAUGUAACCUCCUAUCUGGGCUAACCUAACAAGAGUUGCACUUUUGUUAAAUCUCAAAGCAUCUUGGGCAAAAUUUAUUAGUUCAAAAGUCAAGAAAGGAGUAAAGGAGUCAUUUUGUGAAGGAAAACACUAAAUUGCCUUUUAGACAAUUUACAUUAAUCAAAAGUACAAAUGAUUCAUUAGUUUUGACCUUCUUUGGCUCCUAAGAGAGACAUCCAGACAGCCAUCAAGCUCUCUGAUAUUUUUGAUGAUAGCAUAAGAGAAAUACCUCUUUUGAUAUCCACUUAUUGUAGAGACCUUCUUGUGCUUAUAAUUUACAUCAGCAUCCCAGAAAUAAGCCAAAGAGAUACUAUCCAAAUCGCAAAAAUGCAGAUUUCAAAGGGUAUCGCCACCUUCUGGAUAUAAAUUCUUCUUCUCAGGAUAUGAUAUCUUGUUCAAUCCCUAUCGAGUGCAUUGCAGGUUUAAAAACUUGCCUGGAAUCCUUCAUCUCUGUUCAUAUCUCUUUUGAACACGAUUGGCUUGGACCCAUUUUGGCAGUAUGAUAAAGAAAGAGUAAAUUAAUUUGAUUAAAACUACAUUUAUGCUCAGAUUUCUUGAAGUUCUAAAAUUUCUGAGGGAUCAUUGACUUUAACAUUUUGAAGCAUUCUGUACAGUAAUUGAUCAAUUUAAAAAUCUUAGUGAAAGUUAAGCUCAAUUAAAGCUUCUUGAAGCCAAAUUGCAAUCUCUGAGUAAGGAAGUUAUAGAAUUAAGAAUCAUUCUGGGAAAAAUCUAAUCAAUAAAAUUUGGAGAAAUCGAGUUUAGUCAGAGUUUGGCCGGGAUAUCCUCUGAACUAACGCUUUUAUAAUGAUGAAGAGUAACAUUUUAGUAGUUUAAAUUAAAGAUGGAAAACUCAUAUCUUUUCUACCAAAAUGACUUUACUAUCUCCCCAAGGAAGAGACCUUAGCUCAAGGUAAACUGAAUGAUAGGUGAUGGCCUUACAUUUUCUUGGGUAAGAGAUUGGGAUUGAAAAGAACUUGUUUAACAUUAGCUAAAAAUUCAAAUUGAUAUUAGUAAAAGAAGGAAAAAUUUGUCUUUAGUCUUGUUUGGAUAUGCUUUCCAUCGUGCAUCAUAAAUAAAUGAAUGCUAUGAAAAUAUCAGAUAACGACAAGAACAUCUAAUAAUAGCUGCAUAAUUUUCUUCUAAUACUCUUCCUUCUUGCUAUCAGAUGCAGCAAUUUUUCUCACGUAACGUCAC